CGCCUCUUGGUCACACACCACACCAUCCAUCGCAAAGCGAUCCAACGCAGCUGGGGUAUCGUUUUCCUAGGACGCCGGAGGCGGCUUCUGGGGUCUCCAUUCUCCAAGCGAUAGAUAGAUAGAUGCCGGCAGCGAUGGCUUCUGGUCCCAGGCUCACGAUGAGAACAACGCUGGUGGUGCUCGGCGCCCUGUGCUCGGCGGCGCUGCUCGCCGGCGUCGCGAGCGCCGGCAACUUCUACCAGGACGUGGACAUCACCUGGGGCGACGGCCGCGGCAAGAUCCUCAACGGCGGCCAGCUCCUGACGCUGUCCAUGGACCGGUCCUCGGGGUCGGGCUUCCAGUCCAGGAGCCAGUACCUCUACGGCCGCUUCGACAUGCAGCUCAAGCUCGUCCCCGGCGACUCCGCCGGCACCGUCACCACCUUCUACCUCUCGUCGCAGGGGUCGCAGCACGACGAGAUCGACUUCGAGUUCCUGGGGAACGCGAGCGGCGAGCCGUACACGGUGCACACCAACGUGUACAGCCAGGGGAAGGGCGGCCGCGAGCAGCAGUUCCGGGUGUGGUUCGACCCCACGGCAGACUUCCACACCUACUCCGUGGUCUGGAACCCCAGCCACAUCGUCUUCUACGUGGACGGCGUCCCCAUCCGCGACUUCCGCGCGCGCGCCGCGUCCGCCGCCGGGGUGCCGUUCCCGGCGAGCCAGCCGAUGCGGGUGUACGCCAGCGUGUGGGACGCCGAGGAGUGGGCGACGCAGGGCGGGCGCGUCAAGACGGACUGGUCCAGGGCCCCCUUCGUGGCGUCGUACCGCGGGUUCGGCGCGGCCGGGUGCACGUCGCCGGACGCGGCGGCGUGCGCGCGGUCGAACGGCGCGUGGAUGUUCCAGGAGCUGGACGCCGCGGGGCAGGAGCAGCUCCGGCGGGCGCAGGCCAGCUACAUGAUCUACGACUACUGCGCCGACAAGUACCGGUUCCCGCAGGGCCCGCCGCCCGAGUGCUCGGCGGCCAACAAGUAGAAGAAGACGAGGAGGAAGAACCCGUGCGCGUUUGGAUGGAUUACAUAGAGUAUAUACAUAAUUCAUCGAUUGGAAUAUACGUGACCGAUACGUAUGCUAUACGUAUACGUAGA